GACAGUGUAUUACAGCACCCUAGUUUAUCAGUGGUUUAAGAAGGAAGGUCAGUCAGAGUGUUGCUGGUAUUUUGAGACCUGACAACAGCAAUUGACCACGGAUCUUUCCCUUUUUGGUCUCUCAGCAAGUUAGGAUACUAGAGCCGACCAGCAGCACACGGUCUCAGGAGCUCGGUCGACGAGAAACUGCACUGGUGGAAUUCGGGGACAUAAGCUUAAGUCAUCUCAGAAGGAUAAGGUUCGGCAGUUCAUGGCAUUUACUCAGGCUGGGGAGAAAACUGCUGUAUACUGCCUGACCCAGAAUGACUGGAAACUAGAGACGGCGACGGACAACUACUUCCAGAACCCAGAGCUCUACUACAAAGAAUCCAUGAAAAACGCAGUCGAUCGCAAGAAACUGGAACAACUCUAUAACCGAUACAAAGAUCCUCAGGAUGAGAAUAAGAUUGGUAUAGAUGGGAUCCAGCAGUUUUGUGAUGAUCUCAACCUGGAUCCGGCCAGCGUCAGUGUUUUGGUGGUUGCGUGGAAGUUCAGAGCUGCUACUCAGUGCGAAUUCAGUAAGAGGGAGUUUGUAGAUGGAAUGUCAGAACUUGGCUGCGACAGCCCAGAUAAACUUAAAUCCCAACUACCAAGAUUAGAGCAAGAAUUAAAGGACCCAGGAAAGUUCAAAGACUUCUAUCAGUUUACAUUUAACUUUGCUAAAAACCCUGGACAAAAGGGCCUAGACUUAGAAAUGGCCAUUGCCUACUGGAAUUUAGUUUUGACGGGAAAGUUUAAAUUUCUAGAUCUCUGGAACAAGUUUUUAUUGGAACAUCACAAAAGAUCAAUUCCCAAAGACACGUGGAAUCUACUUUUAGACUUUGGAAAUAUUAUUGCAGACGACAUGUCAAACUACGAUGAAGAAGGAGCCUGGCCCGUUCUUAUAGAUGACUUUGUGGAAUUUGCGCGGCCAAUAGUCAUGGGAGGCAAGCGCAAAACUGUAUCAUUGUAGGCUCUUUUUAUUUUAAAGACUAGAGACUUGAAUCCUGCAGAAGUGCACUGCAAGGAGUGAAGAAAAUCAAAACGUCAAAGGAAUGAAGCUGUUUUGGGGCAAACGCCCACGCGCACACCGUUGUUGGGCUGUGCAAUUGUGGCAGGACCUUAAACCACUUCCUGCGGCUUCCACGGGACAACAAAACGAUGGCUAGCUCACAGACUCUGCAAGAAAAACGACAAAUUCAGAAGAUAGCUCUGGCUGUAUAGUAGGGGGGGAAAACUGGCUUCAAGUAUUGUAAUGGUUGUAUGAUAUAGGAUAUAGAUUCUGCAUGUUUUUAUAUUUUGGAACAAUGUAAACUACAGACAUUUUAUUAAUAAGAGUGAGAGGGCGGGGGAAAAAAAGGCUUGAGGUUCAGAAAGCACACAGCAUGCCAUUCAGUUCAUGACCAGAUGAACACCAGCAGUCACACAUUUACAUUUGUAAUAUAUUGUACUUAUAUAUAAAGAAGAAAAGUAUUUGUGGUGUAAAUUAAAUAAUCAAUGAAAUCUGUAUGUAGUAUGCGCCAUUUAUUUUCCUUUAAAUGCCAGCCUACAGAAUUUGGUGUGGUUAAAUUUACAAAAAAGAGUAGUAAAAAGAUACUCGUAAAAACCAAAGGAUGUCCUUGUUUCAACAAGGGUUCAGGCGAAUCAUCCCUUGUUCCGUUCCAAACUAAGUCAUCGGUAUGUUUUAAGUCAGCAGCUAUAUGCACACUACUUGGCUUCUUCGAGCCAGAGCAUUUGAAAUGUCUUUGUUUUGCUGUUUCUUCAUUGUCAUGUGUAGUUACACUCAGUGUAGAGUGGCCCCACUGAGCAAUGCAUGUGGAAGGGUGGCGUUAUUUGUUCAGCUUCCUUGAAAAGCAAAGGACACUAACAUUACUUACUGUAACCAUACAAUCUACACUGAUAUAACCAUGUCAAUUAACCUGUUAGAUAUACAACAUAAUGGCAAAGAAUAGACAGUUAAUGAAUUCGUAUGUCAGUCACUCUCAAUGUACAAUCACUUGCAACAGUCAGUGAUGGAUAUCGGAGUAUAGACUUGCCACUGUUUGUCCAAAAGGAAUAAUAUAUAGAGGGUGAUUAGAAAGUAAGCAAUACACCCUAUCAUUGAUGUGGUAAACUUACUUUCUAAUCAACCUGUAUGUAUGUAUGUAUGUAUGUGUGUGUGUCUAUAUAUAUAUAUAUAUAUAUAUAUAUAUAUAUAUAUAUAUAUAUAUAUAUAUAUAUAAUCAUUAUUUGUAUUUUUUAAAGGGUGAUUAAUUGACUCAUAUACAUUAGUAUAGAUAGGUAACAAAACUGAACUACUCUAUGUAAGCUGCUCUGUUAGAGUUCGUAUUGCAGAUCAUGUUAACUUAAUAUACAACUCUAUAACCACUAGGUGUCAUUGUAGCAACAUGAAUUUAGACUGCGCAAAAAGGGUGGUUCCGUUUUUAAAAUGCACUGUGCAGCAUUCUUUUGGAUGAUUGAUUUGUAGCAUUUAAAGCACAAAUCGGGUAGAACAAUAAUAAAAAUGAGAGGCAUGUUAUCAUUCGAAUGUGUUGGGUAUGGACUUUGCUUUAUGGAACUUCAUGCAUAUUUCUGAAUUGAAAAAUCAGUAGCUGACUUGGAUUAGUAAAUAUUGGUACUAAUAUAUUUAUUGCUGUAUGAUGGAUGUUUCAGUGAAUGCAUUUUGUUGUUGAAUUAGGUAUUGGUUUUAUGACAUAAGUUAAGAGUGUGUAAUGUUUCCAUUUUUUUUAUACAUGUAUUUUGUUUGAGGUCCUUUUCAAAACAGCGUACCAUUUUGAUGUCUGGAUUUUAAGUUUCACAUGAUGUGUUGUUCCCAAGUUGCCAAGCUAGGUUGUUUGUGGUGUGUAAAGACCUGGACUACUGCAUAAUACAUUAUUGGUUGGUUUCACACCCUGAUUAACACUAAUCUUGGACUACCUAAUGUUAAACUGGGUAAGGUAGUCCAUGAAACCAGCCCCUGAAGUGCCCUGUACUAAAGUACUGCCUCUGCAUGCACCAAGUGAAUGAUGUGCAUCUUGAAAACCAGUAUUAUCUAUUUUAUAAAUAUAACUAAAGAUUAUGUUGCUGGUGUUAAAAAAAAAAAAAAAAAAGUUUUAUUUAUCAUUUUAUCUGUUAUUUUUUUAAACCCUGUUUAAUAAAGCAUGUUUUUAACAAACAAA